AUGUUACUGUUGUUGCUCUUAAACCUUCUUUUUCUUCUUUUUCCUCCCUUAUGCAUUGCCUCUCAGCACUGGAAAGCCCUAUUUGAUCAGUUCGAUCCUGACAACACCGGCUACAUCAGCACUGAGAAGUUUCGCUCCCUUCUCCAGAGGCACGGCUCGGAGCUGGACCCCCACAAACUGGAGGUCCUGCUGGCCCUGGCAGACAGCAACUCCGAGGGGAGGAUCUGCUACCAGGACUUCGUCAACCUGAUGAGCAACAAAAGGUCGAAUAGUUUCCGCCAAGCCAUCCUUCAGGGGAACAGGAGGCUGUGCAGCAAGGCACUGCUGGAGGAAACAGGGCUGAGCCUUUCACAGAGGCUGAUCCGGCAUGUUGCAUACGAGACCCUGCCACGAGAGAUAGACCGCAAGUGGUACUAUGACAGCUAUACCUGCUGCCCUCCACCAUGGUUCAUGAUUACCAUCACUAUCGUAGAGGUUGCCUUUUUUCUUUACAACGGAGUGAUAUUAGACAGAUUUGUGCUGCAAGUCACCCAUCCCUUAUACCUGAAGAAUGCAUUACUUUACCAUCCUCAGCUCCGUGCUCAAGCUUGGAGGUACCUAACCUACAUAUUCAUGCAUGCAGGGAUAGAACACCUUGGACUCAAUGUUGUCCUUCAGCUUUUGGUUGGGGUUCCCCUGGAAAUGGUGCAUGGAGCUGCAAGGAUCAGUUUUGUGUACGUUGCCGGAGUUGUGGCAGGGUCCCUGGCAGUGUCAGUGGCUGAUAUGACUGCGCCUGUGGUGGGUUCCUCUGGAGGUGUGUAUGCUCUUGUCUCAGCUCACUUGGCGAAUAUAGUCAUGAACUGGUCAGGAAUGAAGUGCCAAUUCAAACUGCUGCGCAUGGCUGUUGCCUUGAUCUGUAUGAGCUUUGAAUUUGGAAGAGCCGUGUGGCUGCGAUUCCACCCCUCUGCUUACCCACCGUGCCCACACCCCAGCUUUAUGGCUCACCUGGGAGGGGUGAUGGUUGGAAUCACCCUUGGCGUCAUCAUCCUGAGGAACUAUGAGCAGAGACUCCAAGAUCAGACUUUAUGGUGGAUCUUCCUUUCUAUUUAUGUAAUUUUUGUCUUGUUUGCCAUCUUCUGGAACAUUUUUGCCUACAGCCUGUUGGAUCUAAAGCUACCUCCCCCUCCUUGA